AUGCUCGACGCGCAGGGCCGCGCCCGGCCGUCGCUCGCCCGACUGUUCAACUGGCGCUAUGCCGGCCUGCAGGACCUGCCGCAGGUCUCCGCCCGGCCCGAGUUCCGCGCCGCCAACGCCGGCCUGCGCUACGACUACCAACUGAUCGACGUCGGCGACUUCCACGGCCGCGGCGAGUACGAGCCGUCGCCCUACUUUUACCAGAACCUGGGCGAGGCCGAGUUCGUGUGCGCCACCUACCAGUACAUGCGCCUGCUGGGCUACCCGGCCCACUCGAUCUCGGUCAUCACCUCCUACAACGGCCAGAAGAACCUCCUGCGCGACGUGUUCCGCCGCCGGUGCGCCAACCACCCGAUGUUCGGCCUGCCGCACAAGAUCUCGACCCUGGAUCGGUUCCAGGGCCAGCAGAACGACUACGUGCUGCUGUCGAUGGUGCGCACCAAGGCCGUGGGCCACAUCCGCGACGUGCGGCGCCUGAUCGUCGGCAUGUCGCGCGCGCGCCUGGGCUUCUACGUGUUCUGCCGCAAGGCCCUCUUCGAGAACUGCUACGAGCUCACCCCGGCCUUUGCCCACCUCGUGCGCCGGCCGUCGCGCCUCCACCUGGUGCCCAACGAGAUCCACCCGCAGACCACGCGCCUGGUCGACCAGGACGACGAGGGCAUCCAAUCGUUCGUGGUCGACAACGUCGAGCACAUGCAGGCCCUG